AACGUCCCACCCUAUCUAUCACAUUACUGGGAAAAAUGGCGUCAAGUGCACUGCGGCUGCGACUUUUCACCCAAAAUGCGGGUAAAAUUUGCCGCAACGUCGGCUCGAAAACAUCCAACAUAUCCAGGUCGACUCAGAGCAGGACCGUAGUAUCAACGUCGUCGGGGGCAAUCUUACCCAAACCGGAAAAAACACCAUUUGGUCUUAUUCGCAUGACAGCCGUUGUGGUGCCUUUCUUGUACGUUGGAACUCUGAUCAGCAAGAACUUUGCGGCUCUCCUGGAGGAGCAUGACAUCUUCGUCCCUGAAGACGAUGAUGACGAUGACUGAGCUAACUCCAAACAAUAAAAGGGUGCUUUGCAAUACUGACUGAGAGCAAACCAGCCGGCACAAGGAAGAUGGGGCACACCCUAAUAUAUCCCUCCACCUCCACCCAUCUCCUCCCUCUUUCCUCUGCUAUUUGUUGCUUUUGCCAUAUUAUUUUUUAAAAUCUCAUAUCAUGUGAGGCUAUCAAAACUACCAGUUAUGCCUUCACUCUUGUUUGCAUGUUUUUCUGUUAACUCAAUAAAGGGAGUCAAAAACA